GUUGCACUCUGCAAAACAAUGACAAGUAAGAAGAAGAGGAAGAGAUCGACGGUGGAGAGGCCAACCAUACAUCCUCGGAACAAGUACUCCGACAACCCACCCGACUUCGGCCUCUUAGCCUCUUUCUAUCCGACAUUCGAACCCUUCGUCUUCUACUCUCGUGACGGUCGGCCUCGAAUCGAUUGGACCGACUUCAAUGCCACCAGAGAGCUCACUAGGGUUUUGCUCCUCCACGAUCAUGCCCUCAAUUGGUGGAUUCCUGAUGGGCAGCUCUGCCCUACUGUGCCAAAUAGAUCUAAUUACAUCCACUGGAUUGAAGAUUUAUUGUCAUCAGACAUUUUAACAAACACUAAUGCUGAUGGCAAUGGUGAUAUUGUAAGGGGUUUUGAUAUUGGAACCGGAGCCAAUUGCAUAUACCCGCUUCUUGGUGCUUCCCUUCUGGGAUGGAGUUUUGUUGGGUCAGAUGUGACUGAUGUUGCAUUAGAGUGGGCGGAGAGAAACGUGAAAAAUAACCCACAGAUUUCUGAUUUAAUUGAAAUUCGGAAGGUGGACAAUGGUGAGGAGAGAUCUAAUGGUCAGUUGGUUGAUGGGGAAAGUGGUACACACUUGUAUGAUAUUGAGGCUAUUAAGGCAGAGCCUGCCCCUUUAGGUUCACUCAAAUUGCAUUCAGAUGUGAAUAAGAGUUAUCAUGGACCACCUGUACUUCUUGGUGUUGUCAGGGAUGGUGAGAAAUUUGACUUCUGUAUGUGUAAUCCUCCAUUCUUUGAAACAAUGGAGGAAGCAGGACUAAAUCCAAAAACUUCUUGUGGUGGGACUCCAAAGGAGAUGGUUUGUCCCGGUGGAGAGGAGGCUUUUAUCAGUCGAAUUAUUCGAGAUAGUCUUCAAUUGAAGCAGUCUUUUCGGUGGUACACAUCAUUGGUUGGAAGGAAAUCAAACUUGAAGAUUCUGAUAUCAAAACUUCGUGAGGUUGGAGUUACUAUAGUUAAGACAACUGAAUUUGUCCAAGGACGAACUUGUCGAUGGGGGCUUGCAUGGUCAUUCAUGCCUCCUUCCAGGAAGAUAAUUUCGUCUCAUGUGGCUGAGAAGAAUGUCCUAUCUUUCACACUUGAGGGUCUUCAACGAAAAUACAGUGCCAUACAUGUGUUGGAAUCUGUGGAAUCCUUUUUCUGCAGUGCCGGUGCAUCUAGUAAAUCAAAUGCUUCUGCAUUUACCAUUGAUGUCACAGCUUCUAAUGAUCACUGUGAUACAAUCCUGAAGAAUGAGCUAAGAAAUGUCGAUGUACCUGCAGCUUGCCAAUAUAAGCAAGUAAUGUCCAAUGCUUUAUGUUGUUCGCAUCUUCCAUUGAACGACCUGUCUUUCCGCAUUUCGGUCUUUCAGCAAAUCCCAGGUACGCUUUUGGUGAGAGGAUCCUUGCAGCAUAAAGAAAGCCCUGCUGCAGGUGCAUUCUCAUUGAUAUUUCCGAGAUUGGAGGAAGUCCUAAAAGCAAAAUUUUGUCGAGAGAAGGCACCUGUGGAUGGUUUCUACUCUAAUACAGCAAGAUAACAAUGUCACAUUUGCUGAAAUUGCCGUAAAAAGGUUAGAUUUUUGCUUGUAGCUUUAGAGUGGGAAAAAAAUUGUGUACUGUACAUUACUUGACAUUUGCUUUUAUGUGAUGAAGGGAAUUUAUAGUUGAAUGGGUGGGAAACUCAAUUACAAUUUUCAUGGAAUUAGUUGAUUAUAUGUAUCUAUGGAAGACUUAAUCCAACAUUUGGCUCAUUGGUCACUUUUUUUUUUUUUUUUGUUUGAAAUGUUACCAACAUUUACUUUCAAUUGAUGGAUAAAUAUAGGAAGUCCUGGUUAUGGUUUGUGAAUUA